AUGACCUUAAACCAAAUCUACCAGUACAUCGACGCAAAUUUUCCGUAUUAUCGUAACUGUGAACCAAAACGACGCCAAGGAUGGCAAAACAGCAUUCGCCAUAAUUUAUCUCUUAAUGACUGUUUUGUAAAAAAACCAAGAGAUGGAAUUGGACCUGCAAACGAUCGCAAGGGGAACUUCUGGACGCUCUCUCCAGAUUGCGAAAACAUGUUCGAACCCGGAAACUAUAAACGACGGUAA